CAUAGAUCUGCAGGCGUCUCCUCGGCUGCUCACCCAGUCUGCCGUCCUGGCACCAACUGACUGAUAUCUUUGGCACCGGAGUUAGCAGCUGAGAUGAUCCACAGUCUGUUCCUGAUUAAUCACGCGGGAGACAUCUUCCUGGAGAAACACUGGAAGAGUGUCAUCAGCAGGAGUGUGUGUGAUUACUUCUUCGAGGCAAAGGAGAAGGCAGUUGAACCGGAGAAUGUUCCCCCCGUGCUGCAGACCCCACACCACUACCUCAUCUCCAUUUACAGAGACAAGCUUUUCUUCCUGUCUGUCGUCCAGACUGAAGUCCCUCCGCUGUUUGUCAUUGAGUUCCUGCACAGAGUGGCAGACACAAUUCAGGACUACUUUGGAGAGUGCUCUGAAAGUCUAAUCAACGACAAUGUAGUGACCGUGUACGAGUUGUUGGAGGAGAUGCUGGACAACGGCUUCCCCCUCGCAACAGAGUCCAACGUCCUCAAAGAGAUGAUCAGGCCUCCCACCAUCUUGCGAUCAGUGGUCAAUACGCUCACAGGAAGCAGUAAUGUCGGAGAUAAACUACCAACAGGUCAAUUGUCCAGUAUCCCCUGGAGGCGAGCUGGUGUUAAAUACACCAAUAAUGAGGCAUAUUUUGACGUAAUAGAGGAAAUAGAUGCCAUUGUGGACAAAUCAGGAACGACGGUGUUUGCAGAGAUCCAGGGAGUAAUUGAAGCCUCCGUGCGUCUCACUGGGAUGCCUGAUCUGUCUAUGACCUUUAUGAAUCCAUCUCUUCUCGAUGACGUGAGUUUCCACCCGUGUGUGAGGUUUAAGCGCUGGGAGUCGGAGCGGGCCCUCUCCUUCAUCCCGCCUGAUGGGAACUUCACGCUCAUGAACUAUCAUGUGAGCUCUCAAAACCUCGUGACCAUUCCGGUGUACGUGAAGCAAAACAUCUGCUUCUUUGAGACGGGACCUUGUGGUCGCCUGGACAUCACAAUAGGACCCAAGCAGACCAUGGGGAAGACAGUGGAGGCGCUGAUGGUCACCAUCCACAUGCCUAAAGCUGUGCUCAGUGCCAACCUCACAGCCACACAGGGAAACUACACCUACGACCUCGCUACCAAGGUGUUGGUUUGGCACAUUGGAAAACUGAACCCCCAGAAGCUUCCCAACUUGCGAGGCAGUCUGAGUCUGCAGUCGGGGGCCCCAAAACCUGAAGACAACCCCUCACUCAACAUUGACCUGAAGAUUCAGCAGGUGGCCAUAUCAGGCCUUAAGGUGAGCCGUCUUGAAAUGAACGGAGAGAAGUACAAACCGUUUAAAGGCGUCAAAUACCUGACUAAAGCGGGAAAUUUCCAGGUGCGGACCUGAAUAAUGACUGUCAGGGUCAGAGGUCAACAAUUCAAUGUGCCAAAUAGGGGGCAAGUUUAUCAGCUCUCUAAAAUGUCUUAUCCUCUGACUCAUUUGUAUUAAGAACAGUUAUUUAUUAUGUGUCUGGCAUUACAUAUAUACAACUCUAUGGUAUAUUUGGCCUGUAAGGGAAGCCUUAAUAAUGUGACUGUUUUGAAGUGCUAUUAGCUUAUACAGAGUUUAAUAUGCCUCGUUGUAUGAACCAUUCCUCCUUCCUUUUUGGACUGUUUCUGCUCUUUCUUUUAACACUUUCUGAGUGUUGCCAAAGGGGAAUUUGAAAAGGGACACUCGUAAGCACCGCCUUGCUCCUCACUAAAUCAACACACCUAUACAAUCUUACACGCAUGUUGCCUGAGAGUAAGCUGCCAUGCCUUUAAAAACCUUUUUACAUUAUAUAAAGGUAGAACGUUUUAUACAUCAAUGUUUCAUUUUUGAAAAAUCUAUUAUAUCUACGUUCUGAGUCACUGCAGUGUGUCUUUAAAGCAGGCAUUUUUGCACACAUUCACUCUUUAAUGUGGCCUUGUAAGGUAGGUUAAGGUGCUUUUUGUACUACGUCACAGCACAAACGGCAUAUCUCAGACCCUAAGGGAAAGUAUAUUACAAAAUAUAUAUCUUUAUAUCUAAGGUACAUUUGACUUAUUGAGUACAACUAUAUCUGCAUGGGCUACAAGCUAGUGAUUCAGUACCCCUGAAAGAAAUCCUCACUUAAUCCUGAAUGCAACUUCUUUAUUUCGCACAAGAUUUGCACAAUCAAUUGUCCUCGUGAAAAAUACUACUCAAAGCUCCUGUAUGAAGUUGAAUCUGUAUUUCAGUGUAUCUUAAAAAGCUUUAAAAUGA